UGCUCCCAUCUUUCCUAGACAUCUUGAUAGUGCGAAGCAGUAAAAAAGUGAAGUGAAAUCUUUAAGCGAAACAGUGACUUGUGCGGGGCGGAAAAGAAUUUUAUUUCGACGAAAUUAAUUGUGGUUGUUUAAAAAUCUGCAGUUAAUUUACAAUUCUAACGUACCGAGCCCACAUUAAAGUUAUACAUAGAGAGGGGGAGAGAGAGAGGUUAGUACAAUUUUGACGAUCACUGCUUUACGAUGGCGACUAGGAAAAAAGUUCUGCUGAAAGUGAUCAUCCUCGGUGAUAGCAGCGUGGGUAAAACGUCGCUUAUGAAUCAGUAUGUGAAUAAGCGCUUCUCCAACCAAUACAAAGCCACGAUCGGGGCUGAUUUCUUGACUAAGGAAGUGGUGAUUGACGAUCGGGUAGUGACAAUGCAAAUUUGGGAUACUGCCGGUCAGGAACGGUUCCAAUCACUCGGAGUUGCAUUCUAUCGUGGAGCGGAUUGCUGCGUUCUGGUGUACGACACGACCGCUCCGAAUACCUUUAAAAAUCUUGACUCCUGGCGAGACGAAUUUCUGAUCCAGGCGAGCCCGCGGGAUCCAGAUCACUUCCCAUUCGUAGUGCUAGGAAAUAAGAUCGAUUUGGAGAAUCGAGCAGUUUCAACGAAACGCGCCCAGCAAUGGUGUCAAGCGAAGAACGAUAUUCCCUACUUUGAAACGUCGGCCAAAGAAGGCAUCAAUGUAGAUUCUGCUUUCCAAACUAUUGCCAAAAACGCGUUAGCCCAGGAGAGUGAGGUGGAGCUCUACAACGAGUUCCCCGAUCAAAUCAAGCUGAACGCGGAUCGCAACAACCGACCUCGAAACGGAGACAACUGUUCUUGCUAACUGCUACUAAAUAGGCAAAAUUCAAACAGUUCAGAGUAAAAUCUUUAGUUACAUUCAACAACAACAACAACAACAAGCUGCGCGAAGCCUUUAGGGUGGAAAAUUUUGAAUAGAAAAUAUCACCGUCUGCUAGUGACGGUAAAUUAAACGUUUUGAUUCUAAGAGCACUUAUUAUUUGCUUACACUGAAAACAGUAGAAUCCGUAAAAACAAUAUACCCAAUAAAAAUAUCAAACAAGGAAAGAUCAAGCACCGCAUUCAACACAAUCCAAUUUGUUUGAAUUACUUUACACAGUACCGCGUGAAUCGCCUACCGUUGCCGCAGCAUUUCGAUCUGAGACUAACACCAUUUUCUUUCGAUAGUUUGUUUUUGAGAACACAUGGAAGCAGUAAACAAAACUUUAUAGAUGGAUAGUAGACGCUAAGUGGAUCAUAGAUAAGCAUCAGAUGCAGCAAAUCGUUUUGAAAUUAUUGUCUGUUCGCUGUUACAUAUCUUUGUUUCCUAGAUAGAUACGUUGGAAAUGUGAUCAUAGUGCUUCGAAAUCGUGCGUUCUCCCUGUUCCCUCAAUUUUUUUUGCUAAAUUUUCCUUACAUUCUUAUUUCUAUUCGUUUGUUUUGCUUGCUUGAUGCUUAUAAAUAAAUUAUUCAUUGAUAAGAACAAUAUGAUAUGCUACAUUAACUAUAGUGAGACUAGGUAAAUAUAUACCAACAUUCGGUAGAUGAAUGAAUACAAACGAUCUAUGUUACAUAUGAUGGCAGAACGAAACAGCAGCAUAGUCAUUGCCGAAUAAAAUGAUACUAGACACGUUUCGGAGGAAAUCGAUUGAUAGAAAUCACAAUUUGAAAGCGCCGAUUAAACAAUAUUGAACAAACUUUUUAUGCAGAAUACCACUAUCAAACGUUGUAAUGGAAAUUGGUAAAAUAAACAAAGAUACUGUGCAAUUAUAUAACAGCUACUCAAAAACAGAUGGACAUUUUUUUCAUAUGAGUAAACAUCAUAAUUAUUUUUUCUUCUCAACAAAUGAGUAAACGUGAGGUUCAUGCACGGAUGAUGGUCUAUUGGAAGAUGAUUGCAGAUAAUUAUUUAAAUAGAUAUAAACAAUAAUUACAACAACCUAAUACAAGUGAUCUAUUAAA